AUGACCCCCUCCCCACGAAAACAGCCCCCCCCCACGGAACAGCCCCCUCCCCACGGAACAGCCCCCUCUCCACGGAACAGCCCCCUCUCCACGGAACAGCCCCCCCCACGGAACAGCCCCCUCCCCACGGAACAGCCCCCUCUCCACGGAACAGCCCCCCCCACGGAACAGCCCCCUCCCCACGGAACAGCCCCCUCUCCACGGAAUAGCCCCCUCCCCACGGAACAGCCCCCUCUCCACGGAACAGCCCCCUAG